GCGAAGUUGGCUGCGAUCUGCUGUGUUUUUCCUGCGGGAGUGAAAGUUUGCAUCCGGCUGUUCUAGGGAUUUAUCCUCGUUCUGCAUCCUUAUCUAAUCUACUAUGAGUUGCGUAUAGUAGAGGGAAAGUAUCUCUGUCGAUAUGAUCAUCAGGCAUUUCUGUAAUGCUGCCAGAUUCCCAGGAUUGCUGAGGCAAAAUCCCGGCCAGCAGCAACUAUUCCACAGAACCAGUCACUCGCGGACGAAUCUGGUGAGCAGACAAUUCAAGAAUGAGAGCAGAAGUCCCGCCCAGACGCCGGCGCCCACGCCUUUCGAGAAGUUCUCUCCGGAAGGCGGAAACUUGAGUCCUGCGCGACUGUGGAAGCCGCUGGUCUUCACCCUGGCGCUGUCCACGGGCAGCUUCGUCGGCGUGACGAUUUGGGAGUACGAGAGAGUGCGCACGCGAAUCCUGCGCUCUGUCAAGGGCUCCGCGGCCGCCGGAUGGUUCAAGAGCAAAGUCUUCGGGACGCAGAAGAAGGCCAGCAACUGGCGCCAGGAGAUUGAGACCUGGUGGCGGAAUCUGCCCGAGGGCGACCGCGUCUUUGUGCCCAUCUGCGCACUGAACCUGCUGGUGUUCGGCCUGUGGCGCGUCCCGCGGCUGCAGCCGGCGAUGGUGAAGUAUUUCUGCUCCAAUCCCGCCGCCAGGGCGAUUUGCUGGCCGAUGUUCCUCUCCACCUUCAGCCACUACUCGCUCUUCCACAUCUUCGCCAACAUGUACGUCCUGCGCUCCUUCGCCGGCCCCGCGAUUCACGCGCUGGGCCGCGAACAGUUCCUGGCCGUCUAUCUCAGCGCCGGCGUCGUCUCCUCCCUGGCCAGCUACGUCUACAAGACGGGCAUGCGCCAGGCCGGGCUGUCGCUGGGCGCCUCCGGGGCCAUCAUGGCCAUCCUGGCGUACGUGUGCACGCAGUAUCCCGACACGCAGCUCAGCAUCAUCUUCCUGCCCAUGUUCACGUUCUCCGCCGGCACGGCGAUCAAGUGCAUCAUGGGCCUGGACAUCGCCGGCCUGGCGAUGGGCUGGAAGAUCUUCGAUCACGCGGCGCACUUGGGCGGCGCGCUCUUCGGACUAUUCUGGUUCUACUACGGAAGUCUCCACAUCUGGCCCAGAAGAGAAGUCAUCCUGCGCGAAUACCACAAGAUUCGCGAGCAACCACGCAAAUAGUAAAGCCUCUGCAUAGUUUAUCGGCGAGUUUAUUAAAUUAUAUGGUUAUUUUUGAGAA